AUGGUGCACGUUGUUGCUGUGGCCGGCGGUCAAGGGGAUAAGCUCGAUGAUGAGUCGACAAUUUAUGUGGACUACACCAAUGCCUCUCACAUUCGUGAUUCACUAGAGAAAUACAAUGUCGAAGUGGUUAUUUCGUGUCUGAACGUCAUCUGUCCGGAGGCUAGUCAGGCAGAGGUCAACUUAGCUCGAGCCUGUGACUCUUCCAGUAGCACCCGCAGAUUCAUAGCUAGCCAAUGGUCGAUCAAAGUUGCUCAAGGAUCACCACUACCCGACUUCUCAGCUGCUGUCAAAAGGUGGGUUUGGCCCGAUUGGUUCGCUUGGCCACCUAUGGAUCAACGCUCCAUUGCUGCCACUCUUGCAGUGCUUUCGCAAACGAAGCUCGAGUAUACUGUUGUAUCCAAUGGACAUUUCUCUGACUACUAUGGAUACCCCAUAGUCAAGACCUAUCUCAAACAUGCUGCUUUUCUGGUCGACAUAGCCAACAAGACAACUGCUAUCCCAGGUUCUGGCCAAGAUAAGAUCGCUUUCACGUAUAGCUUUGACGUUACACGUUUCGUGGAUGCUUUGGUAAACACGAAGGACAAAUGGCCAAAGCAUAGUGUCAUCAUCGGUGAGAAGAUCACGGCGAACAAGAUUGUUGCCAUUGCUGAAGAUGCGAGAGGGGAACGAUUCUCCGUGGUCCAUGACGAUGUAAACAAGUUGAAGUCUCUACAGGUCACUGAACUUCCAUCACAUGUAGAGGCAUACAAGUUCUUUCCCAAGCCUAUGUUGCAGACUCUGCUUGCUGCUAUAGGCUUAUGGAUUACUGAAGGUCAUUUUAACUUGGCCUAUGAAGCAUCACUUAACCAGAUGUUUCCCAAUAUUGAGUUGACAUCUGUAAAGGAACUAAUUGAUCAGGCAUGGAAGGCUUAA